CUGAGAGAUACAUUCUCACACAAUAAAAUGGGGGAGUAGCUUCAAUAUAAAUUUUUGAAGGAUCAAAAUUAUGGAUUUGUUAAGCAAAAUUGAAUAUAUUUAGAAUUUACCAAUGGCUGGAGCACUUAAUGAUUUAAAUUCAGAAGAGGGGAUUUCUUCUCAGUCAGAUGGUGCUUCAAAGAGACCCAAUUACCAACGAUCACGUUCUAGGGUCGCUUUGGAUUAUGUAAGAACCUUGGUAUAUGGACGCUAUACCAAAGAUUUAGGUGAUUAUGCUCGAAAGGAGGCUGCAACUUUGCACGAGAAUGAGAGAGGAUUCAGACAAUAUGAGACAUCACGCUGUCCACGAUGCAGAGCAUUUUGUCUUGGUGUGCGAGAAAUCACUGCCAAAGUUGUUGCAAAGAUGGGGGAAGAUUGGGUGUUCUUGGCAAUACUUGGUAUUUCCAUGGCACUGCUCAGCUUCCUCAUGGACUUCCUCAUAGAAAAAUGCCAAGAAGCUCGAUUAUGGCUGUAUGACUUGAGUAAGAUUUCAGUGGCAUUGCAAUAUUUCACAUGGAUUCUCUUCCCCCUUAUCUUCCUCUUAUUCUCUGUGGGAUUCACUCACCUGGUGGCGCCACAAGCUAUAGGUUCUGGUAUACCUGAAAUGAAGACUAUUUUGAGAGGUGUGGUGCUGAAGGAGUAUUUAACAAUGCGAACCCUUAUCUCUAAAAUGAUUGGUCUAAUGACAGCAUUGGGUAGUGGGUUACCAAUAGGAAAAGAGGGUCCAUUUGUGCACAUUGCCAGUGUUGUCGCAACACAAUUAGGGAAACUCUUCACAACAUUAAAGGGUUCAUAUGAUAAUGAAUCACGUAAAGGUGAGAUGCUAUCUGCAGCUGCUGCUGUUGGUGUUGCAUGUACAUUUGCUGCUCCAAUUGGAGGUGUAUUAUUUAGCAUUGAAGUAACUGCCACUUAUUUUGCUGUGCGGAACUACUGGCGUGGAUUCUUUGCCGCCGUGUGUGGGGCCGUCAUGUUCAGGCUGUUUGCCAUCUGGUUUAAAAGCGAAGAAACUCUCACAGCAUUGUUCAAGACAAACCUCAGGCAAGACUUCCCCUUUGAUACAAUAGAGCUGGUAGCCUUCUCAACUAUUGGGAUUGUAUGUGGGUUUGCAGGUGCCCUCUUUGUCUUCAUACACAGAAAAAUAGCUACUUUUACUCGAAAUCAAAAAAGAAUAGCAACAUUUUUACAAAAAAAUCGUUUUAUUUAUCCAAUGUUAGUGACGUUUGUUAUCUCAUCGCUCACAUUUCCCAAUGGAUUUGGUCAGUUCAUGGCAGGCCAUCUCACUAGUCGUGGUGCAGUAAAUGACUUGUUCAGUAACUUUACAUGGAGCAGUGCUAAAGUUCGCUCAGCAGAAGAGGCAGAAAUAAUCAAUCACUGGAAGCCAGAGAAUAGCAAUAUCUACGUCACUCUAGCCCUAUUUGUGCUCAUGAGGUUCUGGAUGUCUGCAACCUGUAACUCUCUACCUAUACCUGCUGGGAUAUUCAUGCCUGUAUUUGUACUUGGAGCUGGGUUCGGUAGACUUGUUGGAGAGUGCAUGGCUACUUGGUUUCCUAAUGGCGUUAGGCAGGGGGAUACAUUCUCAGAGAUAGUGCCUGGAGGAUAUGCUAUAGUCGGUGCUGCUGCAUUUGCUGGUGCUGUGACACACACAGUGUCAACAUCAGUGAUUGUAUUUGAACUCACUGGCCAGCUUGGACAUGUGUUGCCUGCUGUUAUAGCUGUGUUACUUGCCAAUGCUGUAGCGCAAUCUUUGCAGCCUUCAUUCUAUGAUAGUGUAAUACAAAUUAGAAAAUUACCAUUUUUACCAGAUAUAAAAUCUUCAGCUUCAAACGCUCACAAAAUAUUUGUUGAAGAUAUAAUGAUACGGGAUGUUAAAUUACUCAGUGCCAAAUCUACAUAUAAAGAUAUAAAGAACUUGCUCCAUAAAGCUACACAUCGAUCAUUCCCUGUUGUAGACAGUCCAGAGUCCAUGGUUCUACUUGGUUCAAUACCACGCAUAGAGCUUUGUAGACUGUUAGAUUGGCUGCUUGGCUGGCAGAGGAGGCAGAUUGCUAAAAAGGAAAUGCUGCAGGAUGGAAAUAGAAGUAGAACAUCCAGUCGUUUUGAAGUGACGCCAUCUAAUGGCAGUGGGGACCAAGCUGUUGUGGAUGUUCAUUCACAUUCCUCAAAUGGCAAAAAUCUUACUGUAGCAGAUACUAGUCAGAACAGGAGCAGUUCUAAGUCAGGUCGUUCAAGUCCAUUCAGUAAUCUCUUCUCAGGCCCCCCUGAAGAUGAGCAAGCUUCCCCUGACCCAGCACUGGAGAUGACUGCAGAUGAGCAGGAGAGAUGGGAAGAUGAACAGUUGAAUCAGACCAUAGAUCUGGACAUGUGUCAAGUUGACCCCGCCCCCUUCCAGCUAGUAGAGCGCACCUCACUUUACAAGGUUCACUCAUUGUUUUCACUACUGGGUCUGAGCCAUGCAUAUGUCACCAACACAGGGCGCCUUGUAGGAGUCAUUGCUCUGAGAGAGGUGAGGUUAGCUGUUCAGGGUAAUAUGAGUCCCACAGUUGAAGGAGAUGAAAAUUUGGAGCCUAAAGAGCAUCACACAGAUUCACACGUCCCUGGCGAAUUUCAACUUGAUGUACGAGACUCUAGUGCUUAAGGAUUAUGUGUUACCUAUUAUGUUAAUAGAGAUUGUAUUACUGGUGCAAUGUUUCAAGCUAUUAUUGCUAAUGCAUUGCUAG